AUGGCGGAUGAUGUUUUGAUAGGUAUUGAACCAAAGAAGGAGAAGCAUUAUGUCCGAAGCCUGAGUUGUCGUGGCAAGAAGCUUGACAGCGACCAGCAAGCAAUGCCUCCUCUAACCAAGGGUAAGAAACAGCUACUUAUUCUUGAUUAUGGUGAUACUUCGAAUUUUCUGAUGCAACACAAGGUUCAGCGGUUCAGCCUUCAGACACAACAUAUGCUUGAUCAGCUCACUGACCUUCAGAGAAGGGAGCAAAUGCUGUACGAAGCAAAUAAGUGCCUUAGAAGAAAGGUUAUUAAUGUGCUCUUUGUGAUUGUUUUGCGAGGAAAUGAUCAGCUGGAGGAGACCAGCAGCCAAGUGCACGGGCAGGUGUGGGAGCACAGUGCCAACUUGCUUGGCUACGAGCGGCAGUCCCCACAGCAGACGCCAUCACAUGUUGGCAACGGAUUCUUCCAUCCCCUGGAAGUUGGCCCUGAGCCAACCCUGCAGAUUGGGUAA